AUGGGAGGGAACAUAGGCCAUGACUUAAUUGUUGUAAUGUCGGUCUAUAAGGGUAAUACUAAGAUUUUGGCUUUCAGACUAGAGACUUUCCUUCCUGACUCCAUCUCUCGUAGCCGGAGUGCAUUUGUUGAAGGAAGAGAUAUACGGGACAAAAUCCGGCUCGCUCACGAGCUGGUUAAGGGUUAUAGUAGAAGAGAGAUGAGUCCUAGAUGUUUGGUUAAAGCUGACAUUAUGAAUGCUCUUGACUCGAUCCACUUGAGCUUUCAUUUGAACAUUCCAGCUCCUAUCGAUGUUGCUCGAGUUUUCUUCACCUGGAUAGAGGCCUAUAUCACUGGAGCAAGGUACUCUGUCUGCGGCUUAAUCCGGCCAAAACUAAGACAUAUCACUGGAAUGGAUCAGGAGGAAGCUGAGGAGAAUGAUAGCCACUAG